AUGGAUGUCGAUAUGAAAGUCAAGGACGACGUCGAGGACAAGUCCCGGGAUCGCGAGAGGGAAAGGGACUUUGACAGAGAAAGGGAGAGAGAUCGCGAGAGGGAGAGGGAUCGUGACAGAGACCGGGAUAGGGACAGGAAGGACCGCGACAGAGACCGCGACAGGCCUGCGACGCCGACAUUCUCGCAGCCGCUCACGAUCUCGUUCGCGGCGCCGCUCGAGAUCCCCCAGACGUCGUCGUUCCAGGAGUUCGCGUUCCCUCGAGACCGGAAGCCUGCUGAUCCCUUUGCCCGUUCUUUGGGUGGUCCGAUGAACGCCCCGCAUGAAGAGGCUGUUGAAUUUGCUAAGCAUAGCAAGAGAGAAAACCGGGUCUAUGUCGGGAAUCUCAGCUACGACGUCAAGUACAGGGACCUGAUGGAAUUUAUGAGGGGAGUCUGGAGAGCGGGAGGUGGCGGCUUGGCCGAAGGCGAUUCGCUGAGAUACCGCUCGGAGGAAGAGUGGCCGCCCUCGAGAGGAUGGCUUAUUGAUGGGAGUUUUCUUUUGGGGUUAUUAGCUGGAGAGGUCCUGUUCGCCGAGGUUCUCGUGACUCCUACCGGUGUCUCGAAGGGAUGCGGAAUCGUGGAGUUCGCCUCCCAGGAAGAUGCUCAGCGUGCGAUCCGCGAGCUGUCGGAAGUGCCGCUGCUUGGCCGACCUGUGUUUAUCCGUGAGGACCGAGAGAACGAAUCCCGGUUCGGCGCUACGCCUGUCCCUGGUAAAGUAGGUAUGGCGAUGGCUGGCCAGGGCCUCAACGCUGCGCCACCCCCUCGGCCUCCUCACCAUAACUACUUCGGGCAUGAGAACCCAGGUAAUCAGCUGUAUGUCGGAAAUUUACCUUACCAAGCCGGCUGGCAAGACCUGAAGGAUUUGUUCCGCUCUGCUGGUAACAUUGUCCGCGCCGACAUCAAUAUUGGUGCAGAUGGGCGUCCUAAGGGUUCAGGCACGGUCAUCUUUGAGACCGCCAAAGAUGCCGCCAACGCUAUCCAGAUGUACAACGGUUUCGAUUGGUACGGUCGCCAGCUGGAGGUUCGCCUGGACCGCUAUGCUGGUCUCUCCGGACCUGGUACUUUCCGUGGCGGCUUCCGCGGCGGCCUUCGUGGUGGUGGAUUCCGAGGAGCUCCCAGAGGCGGCUUCAGAGGCGGCUUCCGCGGUGGGUUCCAAGGCGGUGCCGUCGGUGCUGGGCGCGACUUCUCCCAGGACCUGUACGCGGACUACUCUGGCCCAGACCAGCAAGUUGGAGGUGGCUUGAGGAUGGAUGGGUACGGCGGGGGAGGAUUCGCGAGCCAGGGCUUCGGCGCCCCUGGAGCAUUCCCUGAUGCUGAGCCCAGUCAACAAAUCAUGGUUCGCAAUUUGCCGUGGUCGACUGCGAACGAGGAUCUCGUCGAGCUGUUUGAGACGACGGGUCAAGUUGAACUAGCCGAGAUCCUGUUCGAGGGCACCAGAUCCAAGGGUAUGGGUGUGGUUCAGUUCUCGACUAUCGCCGAAGCGGAAACCGCGAUCGCCAAAUUUCAAAAUUACAUGUAUGGUGGACGACCUCUUGACGUCCGUUUCAACGACCGCUGGCAUACCUUCACUCCCACCGCCGCAAAAGGCGGUCAGGUUGUGCCCAUGCAGCCCGACGCGGCAUAG